CCCUCAGUUGCCUACCUCUCCUCCUGCGCUGCCCUGUACUCUUCUCCUGCUCCUCUCCCAGGGUCAGCUACUCGUUUGAAGUUCGAGGAGUUUCGGAGACGCUUCUGCUCUGUCUGGCAUCUCAUCCCUCACGGCCACCAUGGUUCACAGCAGCAGUAUCUGUAGAUUCCUCCUCCUGGUGCUCCUAGGCCUCUUGGUAGCCUUUGUACACACAGAGACCGUCGCAGACGCAACAACCAGAGACAACCAGGACACCAUGUCUGGAGAACCACCCAGUGACGUCACCACCAAAGACCCUUUCCAGGACAUGACGGAGCAGUCCUUCACCUUCGACUACGAAGACAUCACACACUCUCAUGCCCUGGACGAGGAGGAGGGGGUGCUGGGGCCAGGAGCCAUCACAGCCAUUGUUAUAGCGGUCUUCCUAGGAGCAUCUGUCCUCCUCGCCCUCAUCGUCAUCACACUCAGGAAGUUCACCGCCUCCUAGAGUGAAUACAUCGUGUAUGCAUGUGUGUGUGCGUGUUUGUAUGUCAACGUUUGUCUUUUGCCUCUCAUCUCAACUCUUUCUUUCAAUCUGAGUCUUGUCUUUCGCUUCGCUGUAGAUGCUGAAGAUUGUGGCAGGUCCCUUGACUGACUUUUUUUUUUUUUUUUUUUACAGUUUUUCUCCUGUAAACACACUCUAAUUGUUGCUCAACAUGUCCGCUUGUUACCGAAGGUAUAAUGUUAGAAGCUGGCUGGCUCUUCCAGUGGAAAUCCUAGCAUGUCCAUGUCAUUCAUGUUUUUUUCUUAAUCUUGCAUGCUCUAAAGGGUUUAUAAUGUUUGUGGGCUGUUUGUUUCCUGAUGUGAAGUAUCCUACAUGUGUUUGCUUUUAUUUGUACAUGAAGUGUAUGUGCUGUUGUCAGUCUCUGUCUUACUUUUUUUUCUUCCUUCAAUAAGGUUUUUAUUAGUCUUUCACAAUGAUUUUAACUUGUGCCAAAAUCAUGUCUAAAAUAUUCCCUUGGUGUCACCCAUGUACAAGUUUGUAUUGCACCAUUUACAAACAUUUGUAGAGUCAAAAUAAGAAGAAAACAUUUUAGAAAGGCUUCUUCGAUGAAGGUAAACAGGGUAGAUGGGUUGUUUGUUUUACCUGCAGAGCAAAUAUAAAGUUAGAGUGUGGAUGAAUUUGUGUUUGCACUCAAAUGAGUGUUUGUAGUUUUUUGUUGUCGUUUUAUUAUUUGCAGGCGGUUGGAAAUUAUUUUAGCGCCUCAGAGUCCUCAGCCAUACAGCUAGAAUUUGCUAUGAUAAUGCCAUAGUAAUGUUACUGCCCGAGUAUUUUGUUGGAUUUCAAUUGAAUAAAUAAAGACAAUAAAUCAGAUGCCAAAUGUC